AGAAGGGGGGAGGGGAGAGCCAAAGCGGGGAACGAAGGAGGAAAGCAGGAAACCAGACUCCUCAGUGACAAGUGAGUGAGCAGUGAGUGAGAGUGAGUGACAAGUGAGUGAGAAGUGAGUCGGAGCGUGUUUUACCGCACCCACUCACUGCUCCCGGGUAGUUGACAGCAGUCGCGGUACCACAGAAACAUCGCUGGCAAGGGGAGCGCGAGAGAGAGAGUCUCAUCUCGCAGGGGGUGAGAUGAGUAAGUGGGAGAGGUGAAGUCGACGGAUUGGAAUGAGUCUAGAGUGAGUAUUCCCGGGGGAGGUCUUUUUUCCCUUCUUCUUCUUCUUCUUCUUCUUUUCCAGGGUCAGGUAGUUUAGUGGGUCGACAGUGAGGGAUUCUUUUAAAUAUAUUUAUUCCAUUUUUUUUUCCUUCUCUCGUUUUUAUUUUUAUUUUUUUAAAAUGGGUUUUCCCCAGCAGUAGAAGAGUGCUUUUAUGGUGGUGGGUUUUGAGGUUUAGGGGGUUUUGAGUUCGGUGAAACGGUGAAGUGGGGGGGUUGAUUGGCAGAGGGUGUGGGAUCACAUCCCUUUUUUGGUUGGGGAGGCUGAACGGGACGAGGUGAGAGCGAGAGAGUGGUGGUUUUUUUCACCUGGAUUGGACAAUUGGGCUUUGGCGGCGUGGGGAUCUUUCUGCAAAGAGGGGGGGCGGGGUGAACGUUGUCGGAAGCGGGAAUGAGUGGGGUCGUACGCGGGCGUAAAUGUGUAUGCGUUCUGUGGAAUGGUUGUGGGGUGGAGGGUUCCUGACGUUCCUGCUGCGGGUAGAUUGAGGGGCCGUGGUUCUUUUGCCGAGACCGGAUAAGUUUAUAUUCUUUCUUUGUAGAGGCGUAAGCGGGUUUGAGAAGAAGGAAAUAGUAAGAAGAUGCAGAGCACUGGACAAUAUGGAGUCUCUGACUCGCCACAAUUUCUAGUGGCGAGAGCGCCUCACAUAUUUUCCAUCUCGCAUGACAGUAUUUCUCUCUCCCCCCCAGCUGGCCAUGCGCACCAGGGACAUCACCCUCAUCAACACCACCUCCCUCACCACCUACAGGCCCCGCAUCACCUCUAUGGCGGGCACCUCUCUCACCAGCCACACCCUAGUUUGCAACAAAUUCACCAACCACAAUCUUCUCACGCAUCCCAUGCACAGCAUCUACAGCAUGCGCAACACCCACAGCAUUCACAACAUGCGCCGCAUUCACAGCACCCUGCGCAUCCGUUGCCUCAGCUGCAGCAGGCGCAGCAACAGCCAGCUUCUCAUGCAUCCUCUUCCCACCAGGAUGUCCCUCAGCAACAGCUUCAGCAGGUGCAGCAGCAAGAAGAACAACAUAAGCAGCUGGUUAGGGAGCAACAGCAGGCGCAAGAGCAACAACAUGCCCAGGAGCAAAUGGUUCAGCAGUUAGGUUUGGGUGAUCCAGACUCACCGGAUGCUCCUUCACCAAUUGCGAGUCGUCCCUCGCCAACAAAUUACAGCAAACUUUUGCUAUCUGCCCAGCAAGAUGACGAGGGACUCGAGGAGGAGCGGGGGAAUUCUGGAGGGAAUCGGUGGCCCAGAGCCGAGACGCUUGCACUCAUUCAGAUUCGGUCCGACUUAGACGCUAACUUUCGGGAUUCUGGCGUGAAGGGUCCGUUGUGGGAAGAUGUUUCGCGAAAACUCGCGGAGAUGGGAUAUAACAGAAGUGGGAAGAAGUGUAAGGAGAAAUUCGAAAAUAUUCACAAAUACUAUAAGAAGUCGAAAGAUGGAAGGGCAGGGAGACAAGAUGGCAAAAGUUACCGUUUCUUUGCCCAGCUGGACGCAUUAUUUGGUGGCCAACAAACCUCGACGCAAGUAGAAACGGACACAGCUGCUGCCGUCCUACUUAUAGGAAACGCUCCCCCUCUAGGAAUAUCACCUACCGAUCAGGAUCUCAAUGUCUCCGUUCAAAGGGCAUCGGAAGUUAGUACAGGGGUAACUGUGUCUAAGUCGUCUGAUGAUGAUUACGAUGGACCUGGAAGUGGUUUGCGCGACAACCAAGAUAAGAAAAAGAAUAGGAAGAGGAAGCAGAUAGAAUCUGUGAAGUUUGGGACCCCCAAGCUUGACUUUUUUGAGACGUUAAUGAAGAACAUGAUUGAUAAGCAGGAAGCUAUGCAAAUGAGGUUCUUGGAAAUGAUAGAAAAAAUGGAGCAGGACAGGCAGGCGAAAGAGGACGCGUGGAGAAGGCAGGAGGUGGCCCGUUGGCAACGGGAACAUGAUCUUCGAGCUCAAGAGAAUGCCAUAGCUGCAGCGAGGGAUAGUGCAUUGAUAUCCUUCUUGCAGAAGGUAACUGGACAAAAUAUUCAGCUUUCGAACUUUAGUACUCCUCUUCCCACAGGGAUCCCACCUACUAGAGAGUCAGAAGAGUGAGCACCUUGCCUGGACCCUGCUGUGGAAGUACGCUACAGAAAAUGAAUAUCAUCGUGCUUGUGCUCAUCAUUUGCGAAGACAAUAGUUCGGAAGAAGGAUUUUCACGUCGGCGUAAACAUCGAACCAACACGGUUUCUUUGUUGAACACACGGCUACAGUGCAGUGAUUGCGAUGUCAAUGAGAUGAAUAUUGGUUCGAGGAAUUGUCCCGGUGCCGAUGAUCAUGUUAGGUAGAGAGGUCAAGCUUUGAGUUAAAUCUUUCGGCGCCGAAUGCGGGGUGUGUGCGGGUUUUACAUAGCGUGCCAAAAUGCGAUGGAGGCACAUGAUCCGGCUCUACAAGCCCAAGUUUUCAGCCUGUAAUGCCAGACGCCUUAAUUGUACAGGGGCGUUCCAUCGGUACUACUGGACUGGUUUGCGAUGGAGUUCACCAAUUAAAACAUUUGGUUGAGUCUUGUUGAUUGCGCAGAAGAACCUUACGCGAGAUGUACAGUCGGGAGAAUGUAACAUACCAAGUUAGCUUUUAGCAUGAAAUUAUAGGGCUUUGAGAUGGUUGGGUCAGAAAGGUUUAGGUGUUUCGUCAAUCAUAGAUUUGAACGAUACUGUCGCUGCUGGAUGGCAAUCCACCCGGGACGUGUUUCGGAAUGUUUUGAAAAUACCCCUUUUGUCUUUUUAUCUUC